AUGUCAGAUCCUAUCAUUCCCCCACCCCAUCAGAUACCAGAGCCUCGCCCUCCAGUUUCACCCCCUCUAGAGGAUGUGUUGGCUGCAGCAGCAGUAGUUCCUCCUAGGGAUAUAGCCUCGACCUCUCGUGCUAGGCCUCUCAUACGUGGACCCCCGCCUAGUACCCCCAGUUCCACCCGAGGUUCCUCUGUUCAUACCUCCUUUCGUACUGCACAGCACCCUGUUCCUUACCAUGAGUAUGAGGCGGUGAGGAUGGAGCGCCAGUAUCUUCUUGGGCAGGUUAGGGAGUUAGAGCGUGUGAUUCAGAUGAUGGACCCUGGUAGAGCUGAGCGAGAGCUGAGGCAGAAGAUUGUGGAGGUCAGGGAGAUCGCAAGGGCGAAGCUUGGUGCCGUAGCUGAAGAUUGGAGUACUUACAAAGAUCUGGUAGAGUGGGCCAUGUGGAUGAUGGAGGAGUUGGAUAAGCUUGGAGAGUUUAAGGGUUCAGCGGACCCUAUUGAGGCUAGGGUAUGGUUGAAGGAAAUUGAAAAGGCAUUUGUAUUAGUCAAAGUGAGAGAUGAGCAGAAGACUGAGUUUGCUAGUUAUUAUCUGAAAGAAGAAGCCACUUAUUGGUGGGAGUUAGUGAAGGCGAUGGAAGAGACAGAGAAUGUCACAUGGGAUAGGUUUAAGGAGUUGUUUUUGGAAAAGUACUUUCCUCAAUUUCUCCAGGUUCGAAUGGAGUUACAAUUUUUAGAAUUGAAGCAGGGAGAUAUGUAUGUGGCUGAGUAUGAGAGAAAGUUUGCUGAGUUGGCCAGGUUUGUUCCAACCUAUAUAGAUACUGAUAGGAAAAGAGCUAAGAGAUUCCAACAGGGAUUGAAAGCAUGGAUCAGAGGGAAGCUAGCUAUAUUGGAAUUAGAUACUUAUGCAGCUGUAGUUCAAAAGGCAAUGAUAGCGGAAACAGAAAGCGAGAUGUUUCAGAAAGAGAAAGAGGGAAAGAAGCGUAAACCAGAGCAUCAUGAGGGACAGUUUCCGCAAGGGAAGUUUCAGAAUUUCAAUAACCCGAAGAAAGGGAAGUUUCAACAAGGGAGAAAUCCCAUUUUUAAGAAGCCAGAGGUAGGUGGUAGCGGGCAGAGUAACCGUCUAACUACUGGUAAUCAGUCAAGGCCUCCACUGCCGGAGUGCCAGAUAUGUGGAAAGAGACACGGAGGAAUCUGUAAUAGAUUGAAUGUGGUGUGUUAUAAGUGCAAUCAGAAGGGACACUAUUCUAGGGAAUGUCAGAACCCACCAGCAAAGAACCCAAUGAUUCGAGAUCAACCAGCAAGGAACCAACCUAAUAGGAAUCCAGCAGCUGGAAUAACAUGCUUUAGGUGUGGAAAACCAGGACACAUGGUGAAGGAUUGCAAGGUACCAGCUCCAGGUAACCCUACACUUAGAAUUAUGGGAUCCACUCCAGUAGUCCCCGAAGUUCCCAAGGCCAGAACCUAUAACAUGACUAUGAGGGAUGCAGUCCAGGAUGCGGAUGUGGUGGCAGGUACGCUUACUGUGAAUUCUUUAUGUGCCAAGGUUUUGAUUGAUUCUGGAGCUACUAGAUCAUUUAUUUCUGAGGAUUUUGUGCCUAAAUUGAAUUGUCCUAUAGAGUUGCUUGAUGAGGUUAUGAAUAUAGAAUUGGCUAAUCAGGAACGUGUCCCUGUUAGUCAAGUUUAUAGGAAUUGUGAAGUUGAGAUCUUAGGAAAUAAGUUUUGUGCCGACUUGAUACCUUUCAAGUUGGGAGAGUUUGAUAUUAUUCUAGGAAUGGAUUGGUUAUCGAAGCAUAAUGCUCUGAUAGAUUGUCGUAAUAAGAAGGUGAUAUUAAAAGCACCGAAUGAGAAGAUGAUAGUAUUUCGAGGGCAGAAGCAGAUAAAGAAGUUUUUGACUAUGAUUCAAACGAAGAGAUUAUUACGUCAAGGUUGUGAAGCUUAUAUAGCAUAUGUAACUGAUCUGAGUCGAGAACUUAUAAAGCUUGAAGAUAUUCCUGUAGUAAAUGAGUUUCCAGAUGUAUUCCCAGAUGAGUUACCCGGAUUACCUCUAGACAGGGAAAUUGAAUUUUCAAUAGAUUUAGCACCCGGAACUGAACCAGUAUCUAAAGCCCCGUAUAGGAUGGCGCCAGUAGAAAUGAAAGAAUUGGCAACCCAGUUACAGGAAUUGCUAGAGAAAGGAGUGAUUAGGCCCAGUGUGUCCCCGUGGGGAGCACCAGUGUUGUUUGUGAAAAAGAAGGAUGGUAGUAUGCGGUUAUGUAUUGAUUAUUGGGAACUUAAUAAGUUAACUAUCAAGAAUAGAUACCCAUUACCCCGUAUAGAUGAUUUAUUUGAUCAAUUAAAGGGAGCAAGAUGUUUUUCGAAGAUCGAUUUGCGAUCAGGAUACCAUCAAUUGAAGAUUAAUCAAGAAGACAUACCUAAGACAGCUUUUAGAACCCGAUAUGGCCAUUAUGAGUUCUUAGUGAUGGCCUUUGGAUUAACCAAUGCUCCCGCAGCUUUUAUGGAUUUAAUGAACAGAGUCUUGAAACCAUAUUUGGAUAAAUUUGUGAUUGUAUUCAUGGAUGAUAUUUUAAUUUAUUCUAAAGCCACUGAGGAUCAUGCAACCCACUUAAGGAUGGCUUUAGAGAUAUUGAGAAGAGAGAAGCUAUAUGCUAAAUUUUCAAAGUGUGAAUUCUGGCUACAAGAGGUUCAAUUUCUAGGGCAUAUAGUCAGUAAAGAAGGAAUCAAAGUAGACCCUUCCAAGAUUGAAGCAAUUAUGAAUUGGGAAAGACCAAGAACACCAACAGAAGUCAGAAGUUUCUUGGGUUUGGCAGGCUAUUAUAGAAGAUUUGUUCAAGAUUUCUCAAGGAUUGCUGUACCAAUUACAAGGCUUACCCGGAAAGAAAAAAAGUUUGUGUGGACAGAAAAGUGUGAAGAAAGUUUCCAAGAAUUAAAGAAAAGGUUAGUAUCAGCUCCAGUGUUAUCACUUCCAGAUGAGCAAGGGAAUUUUGUAAUCUAUAGUGAUGCUUCUCAUAAGGGAUUGGGUUGUGUGUUGAUGCAACAUGACAAGAAGGUUCUUUCGGAAUUGUCUAAUGAGGUAUUAACACACCGUCUUCUUCGUGUGCUAAUAUGA